AUGUGUGAGGGUUUGUUUAGAAGACCAGACCCCCGGCAUGGUGAACUUGGAAUGGACCGCGGACUACCAGUCUGGGAUCCGAAACAAGAAGACAAUAAGUCAUUGCACAGCGUUGCUACUCAUUUUACCAAACAUUCUGAGGCAUUAUCAGUUUCCUCACAGAAGAAAUCACUAAAGAGGGCACUGGUGUCCAAAAUGAAACUAGACUUAGCAAGAGCUAGGGCACAGGAAGAUGCAGAAGCAGCAAGAGUGGUUCAUGAAUAUAAGCAAAGGAUAGAACUUAGGCGCCUUGAAGAGAAAGCAAAAUUGGCUGAGCUUGAAUGGAAAAUUGAAAUGGAUAACUUGACUGACAGUAAACUCUCCCCUGUUGUAUCUAGCGCCUUGAACACUUCUACAUUUAUUGUUAACAAGCAAUCACACUCCACCACAGUCACGUCUGAGUAUGUUACUAGAGAUGGGUUUAACAGUCAACCGAGUGCCGUGUAUGUGAGCACCUCAAUCCACGGAGCCAAAUUAUCCACAAUUUCAAGACCGUGAGACACUGUGUUGACCCACAAUGAAUCGUCUGUGAAGGGAUUAAACACCACCACUCCAUCUGCGGGGAUUAACUCGACCAACUCCCCUGAUCGGGAGGUCGCACACCGUCUGCAGCAUGGACCAGGCUCCUCGUGACCAUGUUGCCGCAAUGUGGAAGGCACAAUUGCUUAGCAGAAUAAAGCCGACACAGUUCAGUGGUAAUCCAGCCGAGUUCCCCUUUUUUCGUGAACAACUUCGUAUGCACCUCGAAAGCGACCUGCUUACUGAUGCCUAGCAAGUGGAGUAUCUGCCUAUUUUCGUAGCGGGAGAAGCGUUAGAGGUUGUGAAGCGUAAUAGAGGUUGUCCGUUUAACGAGAUUAUGACAACGUUGGAGGAACGUUUUGGUCAAGCGGUGAGAGUUACGCAAGCAUGUGUGGAAGAGCUCGCAUCUGGCCCCAAGUUGGCCUACGGCGACAACAUUGGUCUUCUCAAUUUCUCUGAGAACUUAAAUGCAGUCAGAAGGAUCCUCAAGGGAUACGUUGAACGAGAGGCGAGCGUAACGACGAACCUCACGGGUAUGGUGAACCGUUUACCUAACGACUUAAUCUUGAAGUGGCAAACCGUGAACUACAAGCUCGUGAAGUCCGGAAGAUCCGCUCGAUUAAAGGAUGUCGCUGAAUUUGUGCACAAACAAUCUAUCAGAAAAUCGGAAUCAACACGAUCUCAAGUAAUGACAAUGUGGUAGAGUCGAAACGUGUGUCCUUUACCUUGACUUCGGUAGAUAGUUCCGGGGAGAGUAUUGACGUUUCGGAGGCGUAUGUCCUACCUAACCUCAGCCAGUCGCGCUAUCCUACUCCGGAGCAGAUUGACACUAUUGAGUACCCGCACUUACUUGACGUGAAGUUCCCGGAGGUUGACAUCAAGAGAGUCUCUAUACUUGUUGGAAACAAUAUUCCCUAUGCACAUUUACAGAAGGAAGUUAGAGUCCCUGAAGAUACGAAGAAAGGGCUCUAUGGCUGUCGUUAUCCCUUGGGCUGGUGCGUAUGUGGUCCUUAUGGUGUCAAUUGUCGCCAAGGGGUUUCAGCAAACUUUGUCUCGAUUGACCCUGAACCACGUUUUCUCAUUGAAAAAUUUUGGAAUCUGGAAGAUUAUGGGGCAGUGA